ACCAUACCCCUUCGUGAUUCCACAUUCCCGCUCCCAGCCCCUAAUUCCCCUUCCAAAUCCCUAAUCACUUAUUCACAGACACGACACCUCCCCCACCAAUCUAGGUUUUAUUUUUCUUUCUUCGAUUCUUCAUUUGUUUUUUUUACUUAAAAAGAAGAUUUGUUUCGGUUUCUUCUCAACAUUCAUACGAAGACGGAGAAGACGAAGAAGAAAAAGAACAUUCCCAUUCUGUUUUUUGGUCAAACUUCAAUCAGGACUCAAGAAUGGCUGGGAAAGCAGCACAAUCUGUGGUGAAGGCAGUGGGAGAAUACCAAUAUCCAUGGCGUGAAAAGUUGGCCAAGUACAAAGUAGAGUUAUCAAAGGGAGUAUGGGGCUAUUGGGAACUUGGAGCCUGGAAGCCUCUAGGCAUCAGUGCCAGGCAUCGAGCCAGACUCCGAAAAGAAAUGCUUCUAGCGGGCCAAGAUUGGCCAUACGAUCCAGAGAAGAAAGAGAUGAGAAGCAAGAUGAAAGGUCACAAGUGCGACAGAAUAGCCGCGGAGAGAAGGGAGAAUACUGCUAAUUUGAUGCAGAAAAUGCCUGAGAUGUUGCUUGCUUAUAAGAAACGCAGAUGGGAGAAGAAAAUGAAGGAAGAAGAGAAAGCUAAAGAUAAAUAAAUCUGCAUUUUUUCCUUAUUUGGGUGGUCGAGAACAAAAGAAAAAUGUUGAAUCUUGUACUAAGGAAUUCAAUGUUGGGUUUUUUGUUUGAAUUAUUAUGUAUUGACUGAAUAAUGUUGAUACAUAUGUUACCAAUGAGAUGGAGCUAUGGGUUCUCAGGGUGGAUCUCAGAUAAUGAAUUAGGGUUUGAUAUUCAAGCA